AUGGCAGCGAACCGCACGAGCGACUUCACGCACCUGUGCGAGCACUACGCGUCUCUACAAGGCCCUCCUGCUGUCCAUAGACCCGCGGUACAAACGCCACUUCACGAGACCCAGCAGUUCAAUGCCGCUGCGUCGGACGUUUCGAAAGAAGUGCACCAAGCUUCGAAACGGUUGCAGCAGCUGACACAACUUGUCCGCCAGAACAAUAUGUUUAACGACCCGAGCGACGCUAUUAAUGAGCUGGCAGCUCUAGUGAAGAAGGACAUUACGGCCAUCAAUAUGCAGCUGGACAAUCUGCACGAGUACAUCAACAGCAAGCGACAGAUGGCGCCAUCGAGGCAAGCGGCGAAACACUCGGACGCUAUUGUGUCGCUUAUGAAGGCCGACCUCAUGGCUACAACAAGAGGGUUCAAGGACAUUUUGGAGGUGCGGCAGGAGAACAUGAAGCUGCAGCAGAGUCGACGGGCGCGAUAUGGGAAGACCGCGUCCAGUGCAUUGGGUAAACCACUGGCUUUUCAGUCUUCACUGCCGGUGAGAAGCCACAGUACGAGCCAAUCCAGUGGUCGACUGCCAGACGUCAAUUUGUCGAGCACGUUGCCACGUCCAGGCUUGCGUGCAAAUAUGGGGUCGACGACUGAUUCGAGUAUGGAGAUUCAGCCUCUUAUUUCCACCCUGACACAAGAACAGAUCGUGGCCGAGCAGCAGAAUUACACCGAGUCGCGAGCAGAAGCUGUGUCUCUGAUUGAAAGUCACAUUGUCGAUAUUGGACAGCUCUUUGGCCGACUGACGACAUUGAUCCAUGAGCAGGGCGACCUCGUCCGGAGGAUCGACGACAAUGUGGAAGAGUCCCUAAUGACCGUAAGCAGUGGCGAGCACGAGCUGCUCAAGUACUUUUCCAGUCUGUCGAACAAUCGCCUGCUGGCGCUCAAGGUCUCGGCCAUCUUAUUAAUCUUCCUCAUCUUCUUCAUGUUCUUCUUAGCUUAA